GAUGCUCUGAAGUAUGCAAGUGCCUCUUUCUACCCAUGGCUCCUUUCCUCCGUUCUGCAGCCACCAAAUACCACGGCCAUGUCCAUACGUGAGGAGAGAAACUCAAACUUUGCCUAAAGUGGCAAUUGCAGCGUGCUUGCUGUACUCUGGCAACCUGCGAAAGCAUGUGAGCUUGAGGGCUGCAACCGCCACAGAGAAGUUUAGCUUGGCUGUCAAGGAGAGUUUAGAGGCGGCCUUUCAGGUGGCGUAUUCCAUGGGGCAUUUGGCCAACAAGGGUAACACCAUUGGCAGCGAUCAUUUGCUCGUGGGCAUGGCGAGCGUUUCGCAGAGUUCGGUCUCACGAGCACUUCAAUCUGUGGGUGUGACAGCAGAAGGCCUCCAAGAAAAGCUACGCUCUUCGAGACCGUGCAACCCACCGGAGGGUCAGCCACCUGCGGGAGAAGCUCUUUCGCCACCUCUUGACACGGAGGUUCAAUUUUACCUUCGACGUGCAUCAGGCCUUCUGAGCAACGGAAGCCAUGCUGCUGGAAAACUGCUACUGGCCUUCGAUCAAGAAGGCUUCGAUCGAACUGUGGGGAAAUUUGAUUCUGGGUCUGGUGGCUCUGCUUCAAACCCUCGAAGGGCAGCUUUGCGGAAGGCAAUAAUGCAAAUCGUCAACGAGGGCGAAGGAGACGCAAGUGUUGAUCAUUCAAUGUACGCCGUAGCUGCUGGCAGAGUUGGAUCGCCACGAGGAGGCUCGAAGGGGCAGGGAAUCGAAGAGGCUUCACUCCUUGACCGCUUUGCUCCGGACCUGACGACCUUAGCGGAAGAAGGCUCACUGGACCCAUUUUGUGGGCGAGAGGCGUUGAUUGAUCGAAUUGAACGCACUCUUGGCCGGCGGCAGAAGCCCAAUGUACUUCUUGUUGGAGAUCCAGGAGUGGGAAAGACUGCCUUGGUGGAAGCCUUGGCACAGCGUAUUGUACGUGCAGAAGUGCCGUGGUGGCUGAGGGGAAGGAGGCUUCGAAGCUUGGACGUAGCUCAACUUACUGCUGGGACGCGAUUGCGUGGAGACUUUGAGGAGCGGCUAGCUUGUGUACUUCAGGAGAUUGAUGCUGAAAAGAGCAUCUUAUUCAUAGAUGAAGCUCACACAAUAGUAGGAGCUGGAUCAACCAGCUCCAGCUCUUUGGAUGCUUCAGAUAUGCUGAAGCCAGCACUGGCUAGAGGAGGGUUGCAGUGCAUAGCAGCAACCACUGUGGAGGAAUACUCAACAUACUUUGCUCGCGAUGCUGCCCUUGACCGGCGAUUUGAAGUUGUGGAAGUGGAGGAGCCCACAGCGGAAGAGGCCAUCCAGGUCUUGGAAGGGCUACGUAGAGAAUACGAAAGACAUCAUGGAGUCUUGUUUCAAAAUGAUGCCCUGGCUGCAGCUGCGACUUGGGCAGCCCGGCACUUGCCGGAACGAAAGCUUCCUGACAAGGCUAUCGAUAUUGCAGACCGUGCCGCUGUGCUUGCCAAGAGCAGGAUGACCGGCAGCUCGAAGGCAGAAGUGACCACUGCGGAUGUGGCUUUAGUGCUUGAAGAGACUAUUGGCCUUCGUCCUGGCUCUGUGUCUGCAGCUGAAGCACGAGGGAUCGUGGAUCUUGAGGAAACCUUGCACAAGCGGGUUUGCGGGCAAAGGGCUGCGGUGCAGAUGGUGGUGACAGCAGUGGCUCGGGCGAAAGCUGGCUUGCAAGAGACACACCGGCCCAUUGCAUCUUUGCUUCUCUACGGCCCUCCAGGUGUUGGAAAGACAUCACUUGCAACUGCACUUGCAGAGACGUGGCUCGGCUCUCGUCGUGCUCUUGUCCGAGUGGACUGCGCCAGUGCCAGCAGUGCACAGCAAGCAGGCAGCGCGCUUGCAGCAGCUGUGCGGAGACGGCCACACUCUGUGGUGCUCAUUGAUGAAGCGGACAAAGCUGAUCCCGACUUUCUCAGUUUGCUGCUGGAAGUCAUCGAGGAAGCAUCUUUGAGCCUGCUGGGUCCCGGACCUGGACGUGCUGAUUUCCGCCAUACCGUUGUGUUGCUCACUUCCAACGACCCGGCUGGGCCGAAUGGUCUGCCGAGGGCUUUAGCCGAUCGCCUUGAUGGCUCCGUGCACCUAAGGCCUUUGAAUUCCAGUGUGGUGCAAGAGGUGCUUGAUGGCCUUGUUGCGGACUUCUCAUCGCGGCUGCGAGAAACACACGGAGCUGUUUUGCACGUCACGGAAACCUGGAGACAGAUGGUCUUCGACAUGCUUCGCAAUGAGGAAGAUAAGGAACACGCUGGUGUGGGUGCACGUGCGUUGCGACGCAUUCUCCGGGAAUUCCUGGAAGAUCCGAUUGCCUAUGCCAUCCUCAAGCACCAGGCAUCACAGGGAGGAGCAGUUGAGAAAGUCUUUGUGGAUACCGACGAAGAUGGCAAGGCUGUAGCAGCAAAAGAGCACAUGGCUAAAGCUGAGCAGGCGUUGAAACCAUCAUGGAUGUCUUUGAAGUUUAGUCCAGACCACUUGACGGCGUCCAUGGAGUACUCGCAGGCUGCCACCCAAUUCCGGGCUGCAGGGCUUCUGCAAGAAUGCGCUGAUGCUUGGGUCAAGACAGGUGAGAUGAAGGAGCUCCUUCAUGAUCUUUUCAGCGCUGGCCGGGCGUAUGAAAGCGCAGCUGGCAUUUGCGAUGGUAGCGGCCCGGGAGGUCCCAGCGCUGCGAUGAUGCACUGGGAGAAGGCAGUUCGAUGCUUUAGAUUGGCUGGCAAGGUGGAUGUAGCUGCCAAGCUCCUGCUGAAGUUGGCCAGCGUCAAGGAAAAGCAAGGUGAUGUUGAUGGUGCAAAGUCCGCCUUCGAGGAGACCAUAAGUGCUUUUGAACAAGAGGAGAAGGACUAUGAGCUGGGUGACGUCUACAAGACGUACAUUGGUUUUUUAAUUCGACGAGAAGCUUUCGAGGAUGCCCUCAAAGCCAUGGAUGGUCACAUUGCGGUACUGCAAAGGCAAAAGAGCCAGCCUUUUGUGCACAAGGAGCUGCUCUCAAAGAUCGUCCUGCUGAUGAAGUUGGAGGAUUCUGUCAGAGCUGAAGAACUGAUAAGCUCUUCAAACAUUGAAGGUUGGUUUUUGUCCAGAGAGUACCAGGUUGGCACAGAUCUUGUUGAAGCCAUGAAGAGCAACGAUGCAGAAGCGCUCGCAGGACUUCAGAAAGAGCAGAUCUUCACGUUCCUGCAAGUGGAGGUGACCGGCCAUGAUCAUGCGACCUUGGAGGCAGAGCAAAAGAAGAAUCAAGGCAGACUUGUGGACAGUGCCCUCGUCGCAGGGAGCCAGCUCUUGACAGCCCACGACAUUGCAAAGAUGCGUGGUAGUGAAAAUGGUUGCAUCUACGAAGAACGGGAGCGGAUGGGAUGUCACGCUGGCUGUGUUUGUGCUUGGUUUGAGCAGUGCUAUCCAAAGUUUGUCAUGGUCCGUGGAGAUCAAUCCUCAUCAAAGGCGAAGUCGAAGAUCAACGUAGGAAUUUGUGACCUUGCUAUGCCAGUGCUGGCCGUUGCGUCUGUGUUGCUCUUCUUAGUGCUCAUUUGCCUCGUUGUUUCAGCUCGUAUGUAUUUGACGAAGGAUGCUGUCCCUGUCGACCUUGCUUUUCCGUCGGAUGCAAACCUUGCCUCCUUCGAAGCCAAGGCACCACCAGCUCCGGAACCGGCACCAGCUGACGAGGUGCAUGAGGCGGAGAAAACCAAUGGCUGA